AUGAGCUGCAAACGUCAGUGCAUUCAAAAUGUCCGAACAAGACGGUGCGUCUACAAUGAGAAAAAAAUUGUUAAUAAAAAGACAUGGAAAAAAACAAUAAGAAAAUAUUGCAGAAACAAGGGCUUAUCGUAUGUGAAUACAAAAAAUAAAGAAGUGAGUGAAAAAAGUGAGCCAAGUGAGGUUUCUUGCAAAUGCCAGUUUUCGUGUACCUGUUUGACAUUGGAAUACUCCAACUGA